UAGACAGCGAACAACAAAAACGGUUAGUUCAAACACUCAGUAGCCAGCAUAAAGAUAAAUUAUUAACGGUAUUGAGAUUUUAUAUGGUUUAUUUGUUAACUAACAUUUAUAUAAAGAUCAUAAUACUCUUAAACACGACAACAGAUAGAUACAUGAAAUUAUUUAUUUAAAAAGUGUGAAAUUAUUCUAUUUUUGUGUGAUAUUUUGUUCUACUUUGUGCUGAUUUUGUUUGAAGAUUCAAUAUGGCAGCCAUAAAAAUCUUAUUCAGUUGUUUAAUUGCUUCAUUGUUGAUUGUUCAAAUAAUAAAUGGAGCCACAACAUCACCACGAAAUAUUGAUAGUUUAUAUGCUACAGCAGCAGUUGAUGCAAAUUCAGUAUUAGAUCAAAAAAAUCGUGUGUUACCAGCGUCAGAAAUUAUAACCGCUGUUAAACCCAGUGAUCAAGCACCAGUAACAGAAAAAAAUCCAUUAGCAGAUUUGCAAUAUCCAAAGCCAAUUGAUACUAGUACCAUUGCUAAAUUCUUCACAGACAUUUUCCAGAUCCCAAUAUCAGUUUUACAAGCAGUAGCGAAUUUAUUGUCGAAUCCAUUUAGACAGAGACCAGAAACAUCCGCUGAAACGUUAAAAUAAUUUUUAUUUAUUUGUGAUGUCUAAUUAAAAGCAAUAAAAUGAAUCAGUUCAAAUAUUCUAAGUAUUACGUCUAUAGUUGCAGAAUAAAUCUCUAUUUUGGGAAUGAACUACGAAAUUAAUGAAUG